AUGUCUCGGCGCAGGGGCACCCCCGGGGAGGGGCUGCAGGACGUGAGGGACCGCGAGGCGCGUGAGACCCCCAGCAGCAGCAGCAGCAGCAGCAGCAACAGCAGCAGCAGCAGCAGCAGCAGCAGUCGCGGGCAAGGCCGGAGCAGCUCGGACAAGAAGUCUGCGGGCCACUCGCACAGCAGCAGCAGCAGCAGCAGCAGCAGCAGCAGCGGGGGCCGGAGCCGGCACUGGGGCGAGGGGAGCGAGUGGCCGCAGCAGCAGCAGCAGCAGCAGCAGCGGCGGCGCAGCCGGAGCGAGAGCCGCGGGGAGCGGGAGCGGAAGUACCGGGAUCGGGAUCGGGAAAGGCCGCGGGAUCGGGAUCGCUUUCGGGAUCGGGAUCGGGAUCGGGAUCGGCGGCGCGGGGAUCGCCCGCGGGAGGGGGAGUGGGAUCGGCUGCGGGAUCGGGAUCGGGAUCGGGAUCGGGAGGAGCGCAGCAGCAGGCGGCGCGAGGAGCUGCUGCUGAGCUGCACUGCAGCAAUCCAGGGAGUUCCUGCUGCAGCAGCAGAAGAAGAACUCGAAGAAGCAGUUCGGACUUUGGCAAUUUUGAAAAGAUUUUCGACUCCCGACUCCGUGCGCAUGCAGCUCUGCGGUGUACAUACACUCCGCGCCCUCUGCGCCCCCGCCCCACACGCCCACGCGGAGCUGCUGCAGCAGCUGCUGCUGCCCCCCGCGGCGCCCGACAAGGACCCGCAGCAGCAGCAGCAGCAGCAGCAGCAGCUGCGGGUGGCGUUCGUGGACUUCCCCUCGUCCGACGCGGCGCAGAA